AUGUUCAUUCUCGUAAUGUUCGCGCAUCACAUCGUGCGCUGUAUGGGAGUCACGGGCAGAGGGCAAGACUUCUUUCACAUGCUCCUUCCAGAGCUGAGAUUUAUACUCUCUUUUCUCGAGUCGUAUUUUGUGGUCAAGACCUGGUGUCUUACCAAGAAGAUCUUUUAUGUACUAACCUUUUCCCAGACCACAAUACAAGACCUGAUCCAAAUCAAACCGCAGGACUUCUCCAAGCCCAGCGCACAAGCUAUCAAAGAUGUCGUCAACGAAAAGUAUGCGAACAAGAUUGUCCCUGGUAUCGGAUUAUGCAUCUGCAUGUGGGAUCUUUUAACAGCCACCGAAGGCCUCAUCGGCCACGGCACCGGUCUCGUCAACGUCAACAUUGAAUUCCGCAUGACUGUGUUUCGCCCGUUUCGUGGCGAGAUUAUCUACGGCCGUAUCAAGAGUUCGAGUCCAGAUGGCAUCAUCAUUGAUCUCGACUUUACCUCCGAGGUCUUUGUACCGUAUCAGAAUUUGUUCGAGAAUUCGAGCUUUAGUCAGGCUGAGGGCGUGUGGGUGUGGAAUUCAGAUGGUACAGAACUGUUUCUGGACAAGGGCGAGCCCGUACUAUUCAGAGUCGAGCAAGAAGAGUGGUUUGAUCAGAGGCCGACGAUCGUGCAGAAGGAUGAGCAGGGGAACGUGAUUGAGGAGAGAGGCACAGCUUGGCGGGUCAUCGGCUCGAUGAAUCAGGCAGGCUUAGGCCCGACGCUAUGGUGGGGCGAGCAAGAGGAAGGCGAAGACGGUGAUGCCGAAAUGGACGACGCUGAGGAAUGA